AUGCUCACCGUCUUUGAUAACCCCUCCAGCUUCAAUGUGAAGCAUCCGUUGCAAAAUCGUUGGACUUUGUGGUUCGAUAACCCACAAAAACGUACGGGAAUGCACAACUGGGAGAAGAGCUUGAAGAACCUGAUCACAUUCGACACCGUCGAGGAUUUCUGGGGGGUGUACAACAACAUUGUGAACUCGUCGCAGCUGGCUCACGGCGCAAACUACCACCUGUUCAAAGAAGGUGUGCGGCCAAUGUGGGAAGACCCAAUGAACGAAAACGGUGGCAAAUGGGUUGUGCCGCUUCCCAAAGGCAAGAGGGAUAAUCUGGAUGACUACUGGCUCCACACGAUGCUCGCUUGCGUAGGCGAGAACUUCCCAGACUCUGACGAGAUUUGCGGGGCCGUCGUUUCUAUCCGUAAACAACAAGAUCGCCUUGCUUUAUGGACAAGAAAUGCGCUGAAGGAGGAUGAGACAAAGGCAGCUGGUACCAUUUGGAAGACAGUGCUGCAGUUGCCCGACUCGGAAACAAUCGGAUACCAGGCUCACUCUGAUGCGCUGAAGAAGAACUCCAGGUACGUCAGCUGUGACUUUGGGGUACACUCAUAA